AUGUGUUGCGGAAGCAACAGGGAUAAAAGGGAUGCCAGGAAACUUGCGCGUAUGUCGGCGAAGGCGUAUCAGCAGCGGUCUGCUAUGCGAAGUGGAAGCAGUUCCAGGAGCUCUGGUAGCUCGUCUCCUACAUUCAAACCAACUAGCCCAGCGUCCCUCGAAAAGCUCAGACAGUCGGUGAAGGCUGGCUUGGCCGCGAAUCCGGUCAAGGUGAACAGGCCCUCACGACCCGUGGUCCAUGAGCCAUAUAAGAGGCCUGCUGAAACAAAGUAG